AUAGUGACAGUUCAGAGAGGCCUUUUUGAGCUGUCGACAAAGUGAAUACAAACAAAGUUGAGAUGAUUUGUGGCAAUGGAUCUUAAAUGUCGUGUAACACAAAAAAUUUAAUUAAAAAUUGUUUUUGCUAACAAGACCUUGGGCAUUGCAAACAGAUUUUUUUCGUGAUUUUGUACGGUUUUUACGGAUCAAGUGAGGAUGUCGAAAUCACAAAAGGAGUUGGAAUCGAUGGUGGAAAACCAGAAAAAGCAGCUAACCCGAUAUGAAACCCGAUUGAAAGAUGUGGUCGCUGCCUACAAGAGCUUAUUGAAGGAAAAAGAGGCAUUGGACGCUAGUUUAGCAUCGUUAACAUCGAAAAAAUCCGAUGCAGCUGUUAGUUCAAGUGAAAGCGUAGCUGCAACAGCUUCAACAAUCAUUCUCGCUGCUGAAGCGUCGAGUGCAUCUGGUGGUGGUGGCAAUGAUGAUGCCGAUCAACUCCGGAUGCAGAUUUCAACUCUUAUGAAUUCUUUGGCUACGCUGUCCGCAGAGAAAUCAAAAAUGGAGGCAUCAUUCCAAGCUGAUAAAAAAUCCGUUCGCAAUGAAUUGAAAGCAAAGGAUCAGACCAUUUCCGAGCUACAAGAUAAAUUGAGUAAAUCUGCCGGUCAAACUAAGCUCGAGGUGGAAAAGGUCAAGAGCAAAUUGAUAAUAGAACGUCACGAAUGGGAAAAAGAAAGUAACAACCAGCUGGCCAUGGUUCGUGAACUUCAAAAAUUGCUGGCGGACGAGCGACAAAUUAAGGAAAAUCUACAGAUGCAACUCAACGAUAUGAAAAAUCGCUACUCAAAAACCGGUGACGAUGGACGUUUCAGCGAAAUUACAGCCGAACUGGAACAAACGAAACGCAAACUCAAAGAGAAUGAGCGUGAACUGAGUAAAGCGGCAAAGAAUGACAUUCCGUCUGAAAGUAUUCUGAAGAAAUUGCAAUCAGAAAUGAUGAACUUGAAGCAACAACACACAGCAGCAAUUCAAUCAGAACAACAUCGCGCUUAUUUGGCCGAGGAACGAAACAAAGCAUUGGCUGCCAUGCAUGAAGAACGUGUAGCUAGUUUAGAGAGCCGAUUGGCCGAGCUAUCGGCAACGGUUGGCCUGUAUGAUCGUUUACGGCAAACAGAUCAAGAUAAUAUCGCAAAAUUCAAAGAGAGAAUCGCUCAACUGAGUCAUUCAACGGUAGUGGAUGACAGAUUGAGUGAGAGAAAGGAUUCAACAUCGACCAUUUUCAAGUACAAUCAAUGGGAUGUGAAUGAGUUGAUUAACGAGAUUCUGCUGUUACAUAAUGUUUUACUAAUCGAAAAUUCAAAACUGGAUAAACCGGUUGAUCUUUUCGAUAGACUUUACAUCACAUUUGACACGGCUACCGGUAAAUCAUCAUUCAAUGCUCCGUGUAAUUGUUCAGUGCUUCACGAAACGUUGCUUAAGGAAAAGGCCGACCUUCUUGCUGACAUUGAUCAAGCCAAGAAUCAAAUCGAAACUCAAAAAUCGAAUAUCAAAACACUGCAGACAAAAAUUGAAGUAUUGAACCGUAAUUUGGAUGAACAGGAGACGGAAUUGCGCAAUAAAAACCAGGAGCAUAAAAAUGAGCUACGAGCUGAGCGCAAUCGAUGGAAAGAGGCCAUUUCGAAUACAGAGGUCGAAUAUCGUGCAAAGCAAGCCGAGUUAGAGGGUCAAUUACAGAAGCAACGGGAGCGUUCAUUAGCUUUGUUGGAGGAAAAAGAGAAUGAAAUCGCCACGUUGAAAGCGUCGUUUGAUGUAUUCAUGAUGCCGAAGCCGAUUCGAAAACGCAGCGAAACAGCCGAAAGUGAAAAGUCUGGAUCAGAUCCAAAAGAUCCAAGGGAAACACUAGCCAGUAUGGGAAAUUCGUUUCAUGGUUCAAGUGACGAUGUCAAUCAAACCGCAUUAGUGCUCAGUGGAAAAGUGUCAAAUUCCAAAGAGCCAAUGCCAAUGCUUCAUUAUGUUCAUGAAUUGUCUCGAAAAGAAGUCGAAAUUACAUCACUACGGAGAGCCAAGCAUUUGGCCGAACAAACACUGCGUCAAGCCUUACAGGAUAAAGCCGCCUCACAGCAGCAAUUGUAUGAGAAAAUUGCGAAUUUAGAAGAAAACGUGGACCGUCUCGAACGAUGCAAGACACGUGAAGGUGCCAAUUUGGAAUACCUGAAAAAUGUUUUUCUAAGCUUCUUACUAUCGAACGAUAAAGAUGGCCAAUGCCAUAAAGUGAAUGCAAUAAGCGCGGUGCUUCAGUUCAGCCCAAACGAAAUGAGCGCCGUGAACAAACAUUUCAAUGCUAACGAGAACAAAAAUUUCAGUAGAGGUAACGAGAAGAAAUAACGAAUACCAUUCCAUGAACGACGAUUUUCUUUCUAUGUGAAUGUCCCAAGAAAUGGGCCGCAAAUCAGAGUUAGAACAUAAGAAAUUGUUACUAUUUUUUCAUCCAUUUUAAAUAAAUAUGUUCAAAAUAAAACUAAAUAUAAUUUAUUCGAA